ACACACACACACACACACACACACACACACACACACACACACACACACUCCCUCCCUCUAACUUGGGAAAUCUUUCCACAUUCUCACAUGCCUAUCAGCAUGUCCCUAUUUCUGAACACCCAAGGUCAAUGAUUAAAAUCCCUGAGUCUACCCUGUCAGCUUCUCCAGGGUUCCAUCAGUGGGUGGGGGAGGGGCCCAGCCUGGCACCCCACCCCCCAUUCUAGCCGAGGACUCAGGUCUCUAACAACAGAAUCAAAGCCACUCAGCAACGCUGGAAUCCAUUCAGGGGGGCCUGAGCCCCCUCAUCCCAAGCCAGGAGGGCUUUGGGGGGAGGGGUGUAGCCCCUGGUAGACUCAUUGUGUGGCCAAGAGGGUCAAGGGGUGCCAGGGAGGCAGGGGCUAGCCUCAUCGGGAGAGACAGGAGUGUGGUUAUCUUUCCCCCGCUAGGAGGACUGAAAGACCAUCAUCAGGGUGGGACGUCUAGGCAGCCAAGCAAGUGGUUCAGUGGGAAGGGCAGAGUAGUGACUGGCAGCCAGGGCACCAUGGCCACCAUCCAGUCAGAGACUGACUGUUACGACAUCAUUGAGGUGCUGGGCAAGGGCACCUUCGGAGAGGUGGCCAAGGGCUGGCGUCGGAGUACAGGUGAAAUGGUGGCCAUCAAGAUCCUGAAGAAUGACGCGUACCGAAGCCGCAUCAUCAAGAAUGAGCUGAAGCUGCUACGAUGUGUACGAGGCCUGGAUCCCGAUGAGGCCCAUGUCAUCCGUUUUCUUGAGUUCUUCCACGAUGCCCUCAAGUUCUACUUGGUCUUUGAGCUACUGGAGCAAAACCUUUUUGAGUUCCAGAAAGAGAACAACUUCGCACCUCUUCCUGCCCGGCACAUCCGCACUGUCACCCUGCAGGUGCUGAGAGCACUGGCCCGGCUCAAGGAGCUCGCCAUCAUCCAUGCUGACCUCAAGCCUGAAAACAUUAUGUUAGUGGACCAGACCCGCUGCCCCUUCAGGGUAAAGGUGAUUGACUUCGGCUCGGCCAGCAUAUUCAGUGAGGUGCGCUAUGUGAAGGAGCCAUACAUCCAGUCCCGCUUCUACAGGGCCCCAGAGAUCCUGUUGGGGUUGCCCUUCUGUGAGAAGGUGGACGUGUGGUCUCUGGGCUGCGUCAUGGCCGAGCUACACCUGGGCUGGCCUCUCUACCCGGGCAAUAAUGAGUAUGACCAGGUGCGCUACAUCUGUGAGACGCAGGGCUUGCCCAAGCCCCAUCUGCUGCAUGCCGCCCGCAAGGCUCACCACUUCUUCAAGCGGAACCCCCACCCUGAUGCCACCAACCCCUGGCAGCUGAAGUCCUCUGCCGACUACCUAGCUGAGACCAAGGUUCGCCCACUGGAACGCCGCAAGUACAUGCUCAAAUCCUUGGACCAGAUUGAGACAGUGAAUGGUGGCGGGGCUGUGAAUCGGCUGAGUUUCCCAGACCGGGAGGCGCUGGCCGAACAUGCAGACCUCAAGAGCAUGGUGGAAUUGAUCAAACGCAUGCUAACAUGGGAGUCUCACGAACGCAUCAGUCCCAGCGCGGCCCUGCGCCACCCCUUCGUGUCCAUGCAGCAGCUGCGCAGUGCCCACGAGGCCACCCGCUACUACCAGCUGUCCCUUCGUGGCUGCCGUCUGUCCCUGCAGGUGGAUGGAAAACCACCCCCGCCUGUCAUAGCCAGUGCAGAGGAUGGGCCUCCCUACUACCGGCUGGCUGAGGAGGAGGAUACUGCAGGCCUGGGUGGCAUGGCAGGCAGUGGGUCCUUCUUCAGGGAGGAGAAGGCUCCAGGAAUGCAGAGGGCCAUCGACCAGCUUGAUGACCUGAGUCUUCAGGAGGCCCGACGAGGGCUGUGGAGUGACACACGGUCCGACACGGUCUCUGACAUGCUGGCCCCACUCAAAGUGGCUAAUCCUGGCCAUCGAGUCCCUGACUCAGGCCCGGAGCCUAUCCUGGCUUUCUAUGGCAGCCGCUUGACCGGCCGCCACAAGGCCCGCAAGGCCCCGGCAGGCUCCAAAUCUGACUCCAAUUUCAGUAACCUUAUCCGGCUAAGUCAGGCUUCACCAGAGGAUGCUGUGUCCUGUCGGGGCAGUGGCUGGGAGGAAGGAGAAGGCCGUGGGGCCUCCACAGAGCCAUCUAUCAUCCCACAACGGGAAGGAGAUGGGCCCAGCAUCAAAGACAGGACCAUGGAUACUGAGAGGUCAGGCCCUGAGCUCUUCGAUCCAAGCAGCUGUCCUGGAGAGUGGCUGAAUGAGCCAGAAUGGACCCUAGAGGGCAUCCGGGGGUCUCGAGCUCAAGGGCUCCCCGCCCGCCAUCCCCACCCACAUGGGCCACCCAGGACCACCAGCUUUCUGCAGCAUGUUGGAGGGCACCAUUGACGGGGACCCCAUCCCUAUUGUUUUCUGGGGUCUGAGCUAGCUGGGCUGGCAUCCCCUCUUGCUUUGAAAUGGCUCCUUAGAGCCAUCCUGUGAACCCACAGAUUAUUCUUACAGAAAAAUAGCUAUCCAGAAUAUUCCUACUCCCUGCCCCUGGCAACAUGCCUAUAUCCCACCCUAAACGUUGGAGGCCUUUAGGGUCUGGCCUGAGGCUCUGAGGCCAGUGAGUCAGGAAGAGGACUACACCUCACUGGCCAGGACUGUGCCUGGGCCCACUUGCCUCUGUGUAUUUCAAUAAAUAACUGUUCCAAACCCUGCUCCUGCCUGUUACCACCGCGUGAACCUGUACUACCCAUACGGAGCCCGGUCUGCCUCUGCCAGGCUGUGACUGGUUGGCUACUGGCUGAGGCCAAAGGCCCAGCUACUACGGCACUGGAAGAGAAAAGCUGUGCUGGGCACAGUAACCUGUUAUUCCCUAAAUAAACUAAAUUCAACUUGGCAUGGUGGAGAGGGUUUGUAAUUCUAAGUACUCAGGAGACUGAGGCAGGAGGAGAAUUACAAUGACAAGUUCAAGACCAGUCUGGGCUUAUAGUGAGAUCUUGUCUUAAAACUAAAAGGGGGAAAAAAAAAGAGCCAAGGGCUUGGCCCCUUGGGAAUCUGCCCUCAGAAUGUUCUCUGUUGGACACACGUCCAUCUGAGUUUGCAAGCACCACUGACUAGUCCUCUGUAUUUGUGACAGGCUUGGCAUGCUCGCUCACGCACGCUCAGGACAUGCUAAGUGAAACGCACUGGUGGGAAUAAAUUCUGACCUGGCACAUGCUCUGUUGUUCAGAUCUUCUGGUCUCUCUGGGCCCCGCCACCCCCACCCCU